AUGCCUACCGUCGCCGUGGACAAAGCCGACCUGUUUGCCCUGCUGGGCAAAAACUACACCACGGACGAGUUCGACGAGCUGUGUUUCCAGUUCGGAAUCGAGCUCGACGAGGACACCUCCGACGACGUCAAGGGAACAGACGAGAGACCGCAGCUGAAAAUAGAGGUCGGUGCAAACAGAUACGACAUGCUGUGCAUCGAGGGCAUCGCGCAGGCGCUGAACGAGUAUCUGGGCCGUGUCGCGCCCCCUAAUUAUAGACUCAGCGCGCCAACGACCAGUCUGACCGUCAAGCCGUCGACCCAGCAGAUCAGGCCGUAUGCGUGCGCGGCCAUUCUGCGCGGGAUCCACUUCACCCAGAGGUCCUACGACUCGUUCAUUGCGCUGCAGGACAAGCUGCACACGAACCUGUGCAGACAUAGAACGCUCGUUGCGAUGGGCACCCACGAUCUGGACACUCUGAAGCCUCCGUUCACGUACGAGGCUCUCAGCCCUUCGGAGAUCAAGUUUGUGCCUCUGAACCAGACAGUCGAGCUGGACGGCCACCAGUUGAUGGAGUUCUACGAAAAGGACAAGAACCUCGGCAAGUACCUGCACAUCAUCAGAGACUCGCCGGUGUACCCUGUGAUUCUGGACUCGAACAGAACGGUGUGCUCGCUGCCUCCGAUCAUCAACUCGGACCACUCCAAGGUGAGUCUCAACACUAGAAACGUCUUCAUCGAGAUCACCGCCACCGACAGGACCAAGGCCGAGAUCGUCGUCAACCAGCUCGUCGCCAUGUUCUCGCGGUACUGCGAGCAGCCGUUCAGCGUCGAGCCGGUCGAGAUCGUCUCGGCACACAACCACGAGUCCAGAGUCUGUCCCAACUUCACCCAGCGAACGCUCGAGUGCGAGGUGUCCUACAUCAACUCGUGUCUCGGCCUGCAGCUGAGCCCGGCAGAGGUGUGCAAGCUGCUGUCCAAGAUGUCUGUCCAGGCGGCUCCUUCGCAGUCCAACAAAGACCUCAUCGACGUCAAGAUCCCGAUCACGAGACCAGACAUCCUGCACCAGUGCGACGUCAUGGAGGACUGCGCCAUUGCGUACGGCUACAACAACCUCAAGAAGACUACUCCGAAGACCGCUGCUACAGUGGCCCAGCCGCUGCCGAUCAACAAGGUGGCCGACAUCCUGAGAGUGGCCUCGGCUCAGAGCGGCUGGCUCGAGGUGAUGCCGCUGACUCUGUGUUCGCACGACGAGAAUUUCAAGUUCCUAAACAAUCCCGACGACUCCAGGGCCGUCAAGCUGGCCAACCCAAAGACGGUCGAGUACCAGGUGGUGAGAACGAGCCUUGUUCCGGGCAUUCUCAAGACCAUCAAGGAGAACAAGGACCACUCGCUGCCGAUCCGGGUGUUUGAGUGCGGCGACAUUGUGCUAAAGGACGACUCCGAAAGAGGCGCCUCGAACCAGAGAAACUGGUGUGCGGCGUACGCCGGCAAGGCGUCCGGGUUCGAGCUGAUCCAGGGCCUGCUCGGAAAAAUCAUGCAGACCUUCAGAACGCCGUGGCUCUCUGCUGCGGACGCCAAGACCGGCAAGAAGGGCUACUGGAUCGAGCAGGACGACUCUGUCAAGAUGUAUUUUGCCGGAAGAGGCGCUAGAAUCAUGUACAGAGCCAAGCCGGACGCGCCAGCACACAGCAUCGGCACCAUCGGCGUGCUCCAUCCACAGGUGCUGACCCGGUUCGAGCUGCCGUUUGCCGUGAGUCUGGCCGAGAUCAACGCCCAGGUGUUCCUAUAA